GCCACUGGGAGCGCGCAGGACCAGUCCCUUCAGCAGCGCGCAGCAGCGCAUCCAUCCUGCCGCGGAGCCGGAUGAUCGUGGAGCCGCACAGAGCGCACACACCGAGAGAGGGAGAGCGAGAGAGAGAGAGAGAGAGACACACACACACAGAAGAUGGACGGAGUGGGAUCGUUCGGAGCGGGCCGAACCGGGACCGCUGUGGACCCGAUCACGUUCGCCAAGCAGCCGCAGACCAUCCUGAGAGUGCUCUCCUGGAUAUUCUCCCUGGUGGUCUUCGCCUCCAUCGUGAACGAGGGUUACGUCAACCUGGGCAGCGAGCGCCUCCACUGCGUCUUCAACAGGAACGGCGACGCCUGCAACUACGGCGUGUUUGUGGGCCUGGUGGGCCUGCUGGCGUGUUCCUUCUUCUUCCUUCUCGACUACAAGUUCUCCUCCAUCAGCUCGGUCAAAGACAGGAAGAAGGCUGUGAUGCUGGAGAUUGGCUUCUCAGGUUUUUGGACCUUUCUGUACUUUGUAAGUUUCUGUUUCCUAGCCAAUCAGUGGUCUCGGACCAAAGUCGACGAUCUGCCUCUCAACCAGGGAGCGGACGCAGCACGGGCAGCAAUCGCCUUCUCCUUCUUCUCCAUAGUCACAUGGGCUGGCCUAACGGUACGUGCAGUCCAGAAGUACCUUCUGGGUACAGACAUGACCCUGUUCACCACUGAGCACAUGGACGGCGCCGCGCCCACCCAGCCGUACCCGUCCAAUUCGCCGGGCGGCGGCCCGGCCAAGACCACGGAAGCCUACCAGAGCCCGCCCUUCACCGAGAACAACACGGCCCCCACAUACCAGGUUCCCAUUUACUAGGACAGACGGACGUGACGGUGAAAGAAUUGCAGAUGAGAGAGAAAAUAGCUUUCUGUGGUUUCUGUUUCAAGUGAAGCUGUUUAUGAGUUGAUCCGGGGCGCAAUUUUCAGUCGCUGUUAGAAAAGGCAAAAAAAAAAAGAAGAAAAUAGUCAGGCGUCUGCUUCUUUGUUUCCUCCUCUCGUUUCCUGACCCCUCCUGAACAUUCCAGCUUUAUCUGCCUUUUUUCUAGACCUGCAGAAAGGAGUUUCCUCCUGCAUCAGCGCAGAUAAAUCGAAAUCAAAACCAGAGGAGGGAAAACAGAAGCGGGUUGCGAGUAAGGUGUUUCAAAAACCAUUUUGUCAAAGAAAGAGAUGAAGUGCUGAACAAUUUCCACCACAACAAAGCUGUUUUAAAGGCGCUCUCUUGGAGCACCUUGAUCUUGUUGCUUUCAUUCGUUCAGGUGUCCCCUUUUCUUGCCAAACACUGGGAAUGCUCUUGUUUUCUUUCUUUUUAUAUCUUUUUUUUUUUUUUUUUUUAAAGCUGCACUGAUAACUCCUCCUGAGCUCCCAGCUGGCGAUCAUCUGCUCUGAAUCUGUACGUUUUCAGAUGUAGAGAUCAACUAAGUGCCAUAUUGUUCGGAAAGUGACUUAGUGCAAUAUCUCGCUUUCUUAUGUACUGUAGGGUAGGCACACACUGUACUGUACUGGAGGUAGAGAGGUCGUAGUCAGGGCAGGUCAACUGUAGGUUCUGUCUCAAAUAACACACUUCUGAAAUUCCUGUAAAAUCCUUAUCCUGGAAAGUUUCUAAUACAAACAUGCAUAACAAAUGAGCAGCUCUCGAAAUUGAAAUGAUCAGUCCCAGAAUUAGGGUCUUUCUAGGAAUCCUCAAAGAUGUAAACAGCAUCACAGCGGAGAAUAUUUCUUCUCUGCUUUGUCCCCGUAGAUUAAUUCUGAGGCUUUAUUUCAUUCUUGUAGGCAGUUCAGUUUGAUAACAAUGAUAACUCAAUUCUCCAAUGCAGUGUUUUACUUUCCGGCAGAGCCGAGCAAAAUCUGUAUCAGGCCUUGGGCAGAAUUUUCUUUAGGGGAACCCUUGAGUUUUUUUGUACGUUUUGUUUUGCAUUUUUGAAUGCAAAACAAACGUCCAUAAUCCAUCUGCAGUGGAUGAGAAUGUAAACGAGGUGUGUAAUCUGAGACAGCAUCCUAUGGUAAGAGCGUAAGACGAGGUGUGUAGGGGUUUUCUGGAGAAAUCGGGUCCUUUUAUGUUUCCAUGUAUUUUUUUUUUAAAGCUGCCAAACUGUCCUGUGUUUGCUAUUGCUCUGGUAGUUUUCACAGCAUUUUCUUUAGAGGUUAGAAUACAGACGAGCUUUUGCUGAGGUCGGAUCAAGUCUCAGGCAAAAGAAAGAAGAAUGAACCUAGAGUUGACGUCUGAUCCGUCAAUCCUCCAGUCCUGCGUUUAGAUCUGAGGGGGUUAAAUCAUGACAUGGAUUGAUGUCGGGAGGAUAUGGGUCACCGUUUGCUCCGAUGUAUAUAGCACCAUCACUUCUGUGCUGUGGUCCACACACACACACACACACACACACACACACACACACACACACACACACACACACACACACACACACACUCUUGCCAUUCAUCGAUCUGUCGUUGUGAUGAGGGGUUCACAUGAGAGCAACUGAGAUCAGGACGCAGGAGGAGAAUAACUGAUGUCUGAGUUUUUGCCAAAUAAACCUUUUUUUCCUUCCUCCACAUGUUUUUGAGACAGUUUUAGCAAACUUCUUGUUGCGCGCUAACUUGGAUUGUUUAUAAUUCAUCCUAAAUUGUACUGAAGUUAUCCAAAGUCCAAAGCAUGAACUCAAGAGGUCUAUUUGUUUUGAAUAAGCACCAAAUGUGAAGACUCUUCUCAGAAGUCUCGUCUAAUGGGUUAUUUCAGCUAUUUACUUAUUUUUUAACAGUGGGCUCACACUAAUAUUUUCUCAAAAGUCAGCUUGGCAAGUUGGACUUAAUAACACUUAAACCUUUUGUAUAGAGUUCAUUAAAUAUAUAAAAAUAAAUCAUUUUUUAAGUUGGCUCCAAGGCGUUUCACAGAGCUUUUACGAGCAGGCAGUAGAGUUUUAAAAAAAAAGUCCCCAAAAAGCAGAACUCUGGCUCUUCACUCAGUGUUUUUCUUCAUCACUGUGAUCCUGGAGAUCACUCAUAUAAUUUACACAUGUAGCUGAGUAAGUGUUUAAAUGUGUAAAACAGUUUCCGGUUGCUGAUAUUUCUGCAUCAGGGAACAUCAGCGGGUUGGUAGAAAUGAAAGCUGAGUGAAAAAAAAAACUCAAACAAAUUUAAAUGUCCGUUUUGGAUAUAAAAAAAAGCCCCACAGCUUGUCCUUCAGUUUAGUAUUUUCUGUUUUCAUAAAAAUAAUAAAUCACUUUUCAUUUAUUUCUUAAUUUCUAAAUUCAGACGAGGAAAAACUAAUUAUCAAACAUGCACGGAAUCAUGUGGACAAGUAAUUUAUGUUGCGCGUCUGAACCCGACUACUCCCCCUGGUGGUUGACUGACUUGACUGUCACCGUGUUUACAGCGACCUGCCCGCCUGGUGCGUUUGGCCCAAUUCAGUGAAUUUAAACUUUAAAAAGUGAGGUGAAGACAUUUCAUGUGGUGGGAAAUAAUCAUAAUGAUAUUAUUUAAGAGGGGGAGGGAAAAUAAGCAUAAUUGUUUUUGCUUUAAGUCCCUUUUGGGUUAAUGUAAUGAAUUUGGGUUGCUGUCAGGUCAGGAUGUUUUAUCGUUCUCAGUGCUUCAGUCUCUUAUUCAGUCAGUGUGGUAGAUGAUGAUGAUUAUUAAUAAUUCUAAUAAUAAUAAUGAUACAAGCAUUCUCUGUGUUUUGUGCUCUGCCCUAUGUACACUAUGUGGUAUUGGUUGAUUGUAAAAAAAAAUAAAUAAAAAUAAUAAUAAUAAAAAAAAAAAAAAAUCGAAAAAAGUCUUUAAAAAACAACAACAACAAAAAAAAAACCUCAGUAUGUUCAUGAAGUAAAUGGAACUCUUGUGUGAUGCUGUCCAGGGUCCGGUUUGUCCUGUGCUACUGAAAAGAAGAAAAUAUUAUCAAAAAGAGUUAUUUAUUACCUAGACUGCACUCCUUUUUUGCAAAUACUUUGUGGAGAACAGGGCCGACGUCGAUGUUUUACGCCAUCGUUCUGUUGUUUUGUGAAGCUGAAGUGAUGAAAAGGCUGUUAGAUGUAGUUCAGCUGGAGCCGUCAGUGGUACCAGAACAGUAAGUUGCAUGGAUUUUUACAAUACGUCCGUCCCAUACAGCCCCUGCCCUUUAAAACAAAUCUGAAAAUAACACAAGGAUUCUCGCUGACUGACGAAGCGGACGUUGGUUUUUGUAGCCCUUUAACAUGUUUCUAAGUUAUUUCCUCCUGUUCUGAAGCUGUACGGCCUCUUCAGUGUAAACUCGCUGUGUACAGAGAUGUGUGUCACUGUCUGUUAUCUGGACUGCAGUCUGACAUCACGCCAAUAAAAAAAACAACAAAAAUC